CCCGCGCGCCGUGCGGUUGUUCGUGUGUAUAGUCUCGGCUACGAAUCGUCGCGUAUCGUUCCUUUUCUACUCUUCAUCGCAGAAACCACGCGUGUGAGCUUUUUCUAUUCGCCGGUUAUCCGUCCGUAUUCGCGAAGGUGACCACACCGACGGAAACGACGUAAGCUGUGUUCCAGUAAGGACCUUUUCACGCGCCAGGACCGUUCUUUUGGAUUUUUUGGAGUACGUCUUCGAGAUUGUUUUCGUGCGCGGGCGUAACGCCGACGUGAAGUUCUUCUGCAUGAUUUCGUACGAACCGUCGACGUACGGUACGAAAGGCAUCGAGAUCGAGGAUGUAGCGAACAGGGUUGUCCUGUCACGAGAAUCGUAUCAAGAGGAUGUGCACGAGAGCACGAAUCGCGUCCACGAACAAGCUCACCGUCCGGAGGGGAAUCUGUAAUCGUUCGUUAUCGACCGAAGCAUCGAUCAAGACCACUGCCAUCGUGAUGACGAGCUAGAGACCAACGUAAUAUUCCGUCCGUGAGCCGUCCUUCGAUAGUCGUUUUCGUACCGAUCGCCGUAGAACCGUUUGUCCGCCUUUCGAGAUCAAAGACUGAACCGUAUAUCAAAGACAGGAAAGAUGUUGGGAGUGAGUCAACCGGGAAAUCCACCCUCGAGCCUGCGACAUUCGGCGAGCUUCUCUUGUCUGCAGCGGGGCACAGCGAGCGAGGGGCACAGGGCGAGGACCUCGACCCUGCUGCAGCAGCCGAGCCUGCAGCUAAGCGGAAGCCAUCACCAAUACUCUUCCGGUCAAGCAUCCCUGCUGCAACACUCGACCGGUAACGUUCAGCACCGCAUCGAGGCGUUGGAGUCCAUUCAGGACAGCAACGACUACGGUUUCGUGAAGAUUAGACCGCGUUUGCGCAGCACGAACGCCACCUUGUACUACGAGGAGGAGGUGGCUGCCCAGAAGAACGCCCUGUGGGAUCGCGACGCGUCCGCGUUCAGCGACCGCGAGUGCGACACCAAUUACAGAGAAUGCUCCCUGAAGAUGAAGGACCGCGACCACUCGCCGAAAGUGGGCACCUCGAAACACCAGAACCCUUUGAGAGGAGCGUUGAUUCUGUUCACGUCGACGUCCUCCUGGUGGAAAGCCAGACAGCGAGAGGAUCAGUUGAACGGGUCGUCCGAUCGAGCACUCGCGACGACCACCGCGGCCGUCGGCUCCUCGUCCGAGCGAAAGUGGUCGAGCACCUCGAUGGCGUCCCCGUCGAACGAACGUAAAUGGCCGUCGGUGACUUCGCCCACGAACGAUCGGAAGUGGUCGGUAGGCAACGGCGCCUUGACGUCGCCGGGCAACGAGAGGAAGUGGACCAGGUCGUCCGUCUGCUCGAACUCGACCGGGCAACAGGACAGGAAGUGGCGAUCUCUCGGCGCUCUGCUAAGGGCUCCCACGGGCACCGGUUCGCACGCUGUUCAGCACUCGCUGUCCCAUAACAUGAGCGUGUCGAUGAUCGAGGGCGAGCACUUCCGGGAGGAUCCGCGUGGCUCGAGUUGCAAGUCGACGCGUUACCAGCAGCCCACGUCCUAUUCGGCUCGCGUGUCCAGAGUCAGCCGGGACAUAUACAGAGAAAACGGGGAAUUCGGUCAGACCUCGGGUAGAUCGAAGGUCAGCCGUAGGCUGUACCAAGACAACAACGCUACGGAGUCGACUGAGAGAGACAUCGACGAGAGACAUCUGAACAGACAUCAGUUCGAGGAGGAUUGCCGAGGCAGAACGAACAGGGAGAGCUUCUGCAAAACUGAUCAGACCGGAAGCGAAACACGGAACACUUCUACCAGAUCCAGCAGAGCUCAAAGCUUUUAUCUUCUGGAUGAUUUCCUGCGGCCACAACCGCAGCCGAACAAAUGCAUGCUGAACGUUUAUUUGUCGCCGUCGCACUCCAAGUCUGGCAAUAACGAUCACGGCAGAUCUGCCGAGGUGAAACAGAUCUCGCAGGGGAACGUCACUAACAUAACACCGCCCCGACGUCACAACUCCAGCUCCGAUAGCCUCGAGGUUGCGACCAGUCCGCUUCCGCCACCGGUUCCACCGCCGCCUCCUCAGGUCACCACCCGGGACAGGGAAAGGGGUGAGAAUUUCAAAGAGAAGGACGUGUGCCAGUGCAAAAUGUGCUGCACCAUUAUGCAGCAGAGAUCUUUCGUUGAAGAGGUGAGUAGGCGAUCCAAAGAACGUGCAUCUCUCUACCAAGAGACUGGGAGGAGUCCUGGAACGUUGCACAAAGAUGUCGGUGGUGCUGGUACCAAGGUCAGCGGAAAAACGGUCGGCGGUAUUGGCACUGCAACCCUCACCACGCUCUCCUCCAUUAAUAAUACAUCCAACACCAGCAGGAACAAGAACAAUCCCGUAUCCCAGGAGAAAUUACUGUCAUUCUUUCACCCCAAACCGACGCGAGUGGAGAAAUCGGACAACAACAACACGAACAAUUCUACGACUAACAACAUCCACAACAACAUGCCGAUACACGACUCUAUCAGCGUCACUUCUCAUGACGUGUAUCCUGGGAGAUUGCCAAUGACAUCUCAGGAGGCCCUCAAAUAUUACGGUUCGAGGCUCACAGAAUUCGAACGUGCCGAAAUCGAGAAAUACUCGGAGAUUUGGUACCUCGGUUUAUCGGCCCAUAAAAUCCACGGUGAAGAAGGAUCAUCGCAAAAUGGCGGAUACGACGAUGAAAAUGGUAGUUACAACAAGGUCCUCCACGAUCAUAUCUCGUACAGAUAUGAGAUAUUGGAGGUGAUUGGAAAGGGAAGCUUUGGACAAGUGAUCAGAGCGUGGGAUCACAAGACGGGUCAUUAUAUUGCCAUCAAGAUCAUCAGGAAUAAAAAGAGAUUCCAUCAUCAAGCGCUCGUUGAAGUGGAGAUCUUGGAACAUCUCAGGAAGAAAGACUUGGACGCAAACGCGUCGCACAAUGUGAUACACAUGCUAGAAUAUUUCUACUUCAGGAACCACUUGUGCAUCACUUUUGAGUUAAUGAGUUUGAAUUUGUACGAGCUAAUCAAAAAGAAUAACUAUAAAGGAUUUAGCCUGAGCCUAAUACGAAGAUUCGCCAACUCGCUGAUUAGCUGCCUCAGACUGCUGUAUCGAGAGAAGAUAAUUCAUUGCGACUUGAAACCUGAGAACGUGCUUUUGAAGCAGCGGGGUAGCAGCUCGAUUAAGGUCAUAGACUUCGGAUCCUCGUGUUACAGCCACCAGCGUGUAUAUACGUACCUUCAAUCCAGGUUUUAUCGAAGUCCAGAAGUAAUUCUGGGUCUUCCUUACGGCACACCGAUCGAUAUGUGGAGUUUGGGCUGUAUUCUGGCCGAACUUUACACCGGCUGUCCAUUGUUCCCGGGCGAGGAUGAAAUCGAACAGCUUGCCUGCAUUAUGGAGGUUCUUGGACUUCCGCCGGAACAUAUUAUCAAUCAUGCGUCUCGUCGCAGGCUUUUCUUCGACCCGAAGGGAAGUCCUCGAUGCAUAACAAACAGUAAGGGCAAGAAAAGGUGGGCAGGUAGCAAGAACCUCGCGAUAGCUCUUCGUUGCACCGACACCCUUUUCGUGGACUUCGUCAGCAGAUGCCUCGAGUGGGAUCCAAAGAAACGCAUGACCCCCGACGAGGCGAUGCGUCACGAGUGGUUGAACUCGUCUUCCUCUCACGCGAGUAGUUCCUCGUCGUCGACGUUGGCUACCACGACGGUGAACACGAACGCGAACAGCAACGCGAACACGAACGCGAACACAACGAGCCUGGAGGCCACGUCGCAGUCGGCUCACGCGCAAACGAUCAGCGUGACCGUGAGCGCACCCCGGCAGCGUGCUACCACGGUGGAGGAUCCUCCCAACACGAUACAUCGUCUGUUCAAGAAUUUCAAGUACGUGCAGAGGAUCAGCAUGACCGAGAACGCGGUCAACGGUGGUCUAUUGGUGACGAGCAAGCUGAACGGUAGCGCGAGUAGCCACGCUCUCGCGAGCAGCACGCAGACGACUACCUCCUCGAGACACGCCUCGACCGGCGACAUCGUCGCGAGUCUGGAUCCGAAUCUCGACGAUUCCGGUACGUUUUUACCGCCGAUAUUGUGAAAUCGGGUCUGCGCUAGCCAUUUCUAGAUGCUUUCUGUCGCGCGUACCGUGUCGCGAUCGAACUUCGGCUCUUUCACGUACACCGGGCACGCUGUACGUUCGAAACGGUUGAAUUAAUAUCUCGGCGAGGAAAGGUUCAAUUUGGUCACGACAAUAAAAAGCGUUAAACAAACGAAACAACGCACGGUUCGCCGUGAGGCUAAGACCAAUAGACAGACACACGUUAUCGCGUACACGUUGACGACGAUGACCAUAUUCUUUUCGGAUGCUCGGUUCGAUACAGAGAGCGUGUCCGGUCAACGAGGAAAUGGAAACCAUUCGAGAUACGAUGAUAUCGAGGCAUGUAGAAAUUGGCUGGCCGGAUCGAGCUCGAUCGUUCUUCGACGCCAAAAGGCUAGGCAGAAGCGUUGCUAGUCUCGGCAUGCGCCGAGAUAAUUCGAGGCCAAAAUAAUGUGAUGAACCGGAGGCGCGUGCCGUGAAACAACGAGAGCAUGGUUAUAUAGUAGAAAUGCGGUCGUUUCGUUCGUUAGCCGAGCACGGACACAGACAUACACGCGUAAACAUACACGCAUACACAGACACGUUGAACGAUUUUAGCGUCUCGGCUCCGAUGUAUAUGUCACUCAGGUAAUCGUAAACGACGUGUGUGCACCAAUCGUAGAGAGUCGAUCGGAAAAUAACGUAGAGUUUCGUUCCCCUCGCCCACGACAUUCGUCCCUUAUUCUCCGAGUAUAGCAAGAUUCUUACUAGGUAUACGCGUUUUGCGAAUCGGAUACGACGAAGGAUCGUUCGCCUUGCUUGACGAUCGAUUAUACGAACUAGCCGAUAUUCGAUCACGUGACACGAGUUGUGACCGAGUGUCGAUAAAGAUCGUUAGACGCAGCGGGUUCGAUUCGCAGAUUGACUAGCGCAAAUUACGUUACGAUUACUAUAUAAAAAAGUGUACGAGGAGCGAGAGGAUGAAUGCGUUUUUAACAACGAGAUUCCCACGCGAUAUGAUUCCCAUCGAGUCAGCAUCGAAUUGCGAUCACGUCGAGAGAGAAAGAGAGAGAGAGAAUGAGAGCGAGAGUGAGAGAGAAUCUGAGUCGUCUGAAACCCCGUGGCAACAGGGUCGUACGAUUUAAUAAAUGAAACGUCAAGGCAAAACGACGACGACGGAGUGGCAAGUUACUCCGAGACGAAGCGUGCCCCAGUUUCAAGCGAGGCCUGAGUAGUCUUAUUGUGAUAUUAAUCUACCACUGUCUUAUGUAGAUCUCUGAUAUUAAGAAGUAAACGAUCGCUGUAUCAAUGGUUUUCUUUUUUCAUUACUAUUAAUAAUCAUUAUUUUCUUAAUACUGAUUAUCGCUCUCGCUAUUACUGCUACAAUAUAAUUACGAUAUUCACGGAAUUAUUCGAUCAGUAAUAACACACGAGAGAUAACAUUAUUAUCAUUAUUAUUAUUAUUAUUAAUAUUAUUAGAAAUGUACAGGUUUUUGAGUAAGCCCUCGAAAUCCAACAGUUAACAGCACGUAACCGCUUUCUUCUUUUUUCCCCCUCUAUUUUUGUGGAAAACGUCGUUAAUCAUUAUUGUAUUUCUAAGAGAAUCGUAAGUCGCCCGAAAGUUCCCUGUUAUCCUUUGCAUGAUUUCUCUAGCGACCCGAAGGGGCUCCGUAAUUAUUAUUAAUCGUUUUAGUCGCAAAAUAUUUGUGUUUUGCUGUACAGUUAGAUCUAUCGAAAAAGAAAUCAUUCGAUUGUCGAACGCUUAGAUUCGAUCGUGAUCAUUAUUUCUAUCAAUUAUGCGAAGGAUUUGAAGGGAACCUGUGUCGUGUUACGUACACGUCAUGUUGCAAACGAAUACACGCGCAAGCUAAGAAGAAUAUCCGCUCUCAGUGUUCAGAAAUCACGAAAGUUCAAUUUAACAAAGGAUACACGAGCUCGUAGAUUAUCGUAGAAUAUUCGUACAUCAUUCAUCAUCCUUUCUUUUAUUGUGUUCUCUUUUUAUUUUGCAUUUCGACCGGUCGUAAUCGCUUCUCUCAAGGCGAUCUCGUAAGUUGUCUUCGAGCAUUUCGCUGAACCCGCAGCAAAUUACAAUUUAACCCUUUCGUUAUGGAUGACAUGUGGGACCAUCUUAUUCACAAUUAAUUUACGAUACACACAUUAUACAAUGCAGUUUCAUUAGAUUCAAUAGUCAUUUUUUCUAAUAAAUAUCAAGAAUAAACUGAGAAUUGAUUUAUGUUUUACUGUCACUGUGUACUUUUAUUAAAGUGAUCCAUUAGAAACGCUUAAUCUUUCAAUUAUACUAAUUCGUAUACCCUUAUGGUGGUCCCAUAACUUACAAAAGACAUAAUUCAAAAUCUACGACUAUUAGAUACCUCGAGAAAGGGGUUAAAUAAUCACAAAAACUGCUGGAAUCCUUAAAGCUUUAACAUAUAAAGUCAAUGAAAAUCAUGCGACAAGACUGAAAUAAAUUAAAUCGUCGAUUAUAAGAUUUCAUUAUAUUUAAAUACUUCGUGUUAGGAUCACGUGAUACAUUUCCCACGUCCUAUUUAUUCUACGAUGUCCGAAACUCAUUUGUUUUAUUAAUAGCGAUUUAAUGUAACUGUCCGAGUUCAAUAAUUUUGCACGUUUAUUCCCGUUCGUGGAUUAUUUUACUGCCACAAUUAUGCUUUUAAAAGAAGACAACUUACAUAAUGUCACGACUAUUAUUAAACUAAAAAGCAUAAAUAGCGUAGAACGAGGUAUUGAAAGAAAUACAGUUUCAAAAGUUGGCACAUUUAAAAAAUGAAGACGAAAAGAAAAUGUAUUCGUUUCUUUUUUUCAUUCGUAUCUCCAUGACAAAGACAUUGGUUACUUUUUUUCUUUCAAUACUCGAGAGGCCACGGAAAACGUAACAUGAACUCACGAAUCCUUUUUUCUCCUUUUUUCAAUUUUUCGCAGGUUCAUGAGUCGCGUAAACGAAAUUGAUCGAUCAGAACGCGUAACGAGCGGUUUCAUAAAUUCGCAGACGUCAUCGGCACGAGCGAAAGAGAGAAAAGAGCUGCCCCACGGAAGCAGUUUAUUCAUCCGUAGUCAAAGCGAUGAGUCCAACAUUUAACGAGCGUAGUAUUUAAGGCAAAAAAAAACACACACGCAUACACAGGUUUAUAGUGAACAAGAAAUAUCAAAUUGUGUAUAAUAACUAACAUUAACAAACGCGUAUGCAUGAGUGCGCGAAAGCGAGCGUGAAACGAAGAAGAAAGGAAAACAAGAAGAGAAACGUGUUCGGUGAGAAUGCGUCCGGAGUGAAUGCGUUACGUUACUGCAUAUACAUAUAUACAUAUACGAUUUUACGUGUUAAGAAACCCACGCGGAAGCGACAAAACGAGUUAAACAUAGGAUAUCCAUUUAGAAAUAAAUAGAAAAGACCGUUUGAACAACGUAGCUCCGAUACGCGGAGUUCUCUGCUCCCUUUUACCUAAUCCUCCCACGUCUACCCUUGAUAUUACGGGCCUGCAGUCGUGUCAAUUGAAUUGCUCGCGAAUAAAAAGAGGCAAAAAAAAAUGUUUGACGCGAAGAAAGAAAUUUCUUUAAAGUGACUUAUGAUCCAGUCUCGCGAUUGGACGCAUUUAUUAGAUACCUACGAUGAACGUUCACUAAACAUAAUUAUAUACGUACUAUGACUGCCGGUAUUCCGUAUAAAAUAGUACGUUCAUUCAUCAAAAUGUUAGAGUUUAAAGUGUUAAGCGCGGGUGGUGAAACGGGACGAGCAUUCGAGUUGGCUCGGGUCAAAGAUAUUUGAUCGAACUCGAAUAAGAACAUACGGACUAUAAGAAUUUAUUAAUCGUAUUUUUAAAUUUGAGAAGAUAGAAAUUUCGUAUUUGCAAAUUUAGGAGUUUAGAAGUUUUAAAUUUGAGAAUCUAGAAAUUUUUCAUUUUCAAAUUUAGAAGUAUAGAGAUGUCGUAUUUUCGAAUUUGAGAAUAUAGAAAUUUUAAUGUAAUAUACGAGUAAUUGGGAUUUCUAAAGAUCUGUACCCAAUACGACUAGAGUCCGAAAUGUCUGGUACCCACACACUCCUAAUUAAGAGCAUAAUUAUCGAAUCGGAAAGAUUCUCUUCGCGUCAUAUCUAUUGCAUUGAACGAUUCAAUUGAAUCGACUGAAAGUAUUUGGCGCGAAGAGUCGAUACACGAAAAGAAUGUACGAAAAUCGAACGCAGAAUAUGUCGAUUGUUUCGUACAAUUUUUCUCUACGUAUCAGUGGUUCACGCCAAUAAUAACUGUACAGUCGUUGAGUUUUAGUUGUGUUCACUAUAUUGUAUACAGUGGGAUCAAAUUACGUGCGUUAGGAUCGACUGAUCUACGUGAACUGACGCGUUUCGAAUACGGCGCGCGUGCGUCUGCGCAUCUAUUUACGCAUGCGCGAGCAUCACGUGACACGAUGCGCCUAAAUACGAAAUAUUGAAGUAUACUUUCUAAAAAGAAACGAAACACACAAAAAAAUAGAAAAGAGAUAAAAACGAUGUGUUUAAGCUUGAACUAAUUAGACGAUGCAUCCUCGAAACGAAAGCUCGUUGUAUCAAAUUC